AUGCUCUUUGAUGGAUCUAGUAGAAAAGAGUCAGCUGGAGCUGGAAUUGUGAUCUAUUCACCUUCUGGCGUAGUGACUAAAAUGGCGAUCACUUUCUCAACUCAAUGCACAAAUAAUAAAGCAGUGUUUGAAGCCUUAGUGAUAAGUUUGAGGACUCUGAAAGAUAUGGGGGUUACCAAGGUUAAGGUGUUAGGCGAUUUGCAAUGGGUGAUAGCUCAAGCUUUCAAAAACUUCAUUGGAAGGGUGGUGAUCUUGUUCUUGGAAGAGAAAAUCUUUACAAGGUACGGGAUUCCAGAAUCUAUAACUAUAGACCAAGAAACUAUGUUUACAGGACACGAGUUCAAUUCCUAUCUCAAGGAAUUUGAAAUCCAAAAGAUUCAUUCAACCCCUUACUCCGCUCAGGCCAAUAGACAAGCCGAAGCCACUAAUAAAGUAAUCUCUAAAGAAAUUGCUAAGAUGGUGGAUGAAAAUCCUAAAAAUUGGCAUGUUCUUUUACACUGUGCUACUUGGGCAUACAGAACAUCAAAGAAAGAUGCAAUAUGGACCGCUCCUUAUCAAUUAGUGUAUGGACAUGAACCUGUUGUACCGGCAAAGCUAAGCGCUAAGUCCACCAGGGUAGCUAAUAAAAUGAGGAUAAGCCAAGAAGACUACCAGCAAUCAAUGUCCAUUGAACUAAUGGGCGUUGAUGGUGAAAGACUCCAGGCGCUAGCUAAAAUCGAAGCUUAG